AUGAUGCAAACAUUUAUUUUCAUUCAGCUACUACAUGCGCCCGAUUGGUCCGCGUGGAAGGGGAAACACUGGACCAGAGUAAAUCCGAAUGUAUUUGAACAUGAAAGCAAAGACGGACGGUGUAAAGAAAGAGGGAGACCGACUUUUAACAAGAAGAAAGCCCCAGAGAGAUCAACAGACGGAGACAUGUCCCGUGCGGAAAAGAAGACGCUGCUCCUCUUCUUGGCUUUGUUCUUUGGGGCUGUGGGAUUUCUGCUCGUGCUGUUCUGCUGCGGGACGGAGUACUGGCUGCUGGCUGUCGAGUCCUGCCGCCGGCCGGAGGACAGGCAUGGGAAGGCGGGAGACGGGGUGAGGCUCUUUCACCAAGGUCUCUUUUGGCGGUGCUCCUUCGCGGUCACUUCCCAUGAGUACUCCACGUGGGACCUUUGGAUCUCAAAUCAGCCCUCAUCAAAGAUUUGCCAGGCCGCUUUCCUCUUCCCGUUUCCUGUUCACGAGCCAGCGAGAACACGGGCGGACACACACCGUUUACCCGAAGAGCUCUUUGAGCAUCACUCUGCCAUUGUUUUCAGGACCUUCUGGAGCAUCUUUCUCGUCUCGGGUGUGGCCGCUGUCGUCACUGGUGCGUUUGUCCUCAUCUGCGCCUGCCCACUGACCAAUCACAAACUUUUUAAAGUGGGUGGGGCCCUUCAGCUUUGUGGCGGCCUGUGUCUGCUGGCGGUGGUGCUGAUGUAUCUGAUGUGGGUCCAGGUCCUGGACACUCUGGAGCAGUUUGCCCUCCGCCGCAGUCUCUCCAGCUGCCCCUCCUUCCAUCUCCACGUCCAGCACGGCCCCUCCUUCCUCCUGGCUCCGGCGGCCAUCUUCUUCUGCCUGCUGGCCGGCCUGCUCUCCGUCCUGGCUGGGCGGAUGAUUCAGCGGGACGAGACGAAAGAGGAAAUUCCUGAACGUGAAACGUCCCUCUAAACUGUAGACGAUCCACUCUUAAUAUCAUCUUUUUUAAAUUUACAGCAGGACCAAAGUAGGUGGAGUUAAGAACCACCGCUGACGGAAACUGAUCGCCGCACAUCGUCAGAUUGACAGGGGUCACUCAGUGAUGACCAGGGAUCAAGACCAAAUCCACAAAUGUGGAUCUUUCCGUUCGGUGAAGAUAAUUGGAAUCCUUAAUUGGAAAUCGGUCACUAUAAAUGAUUUUUUUCUAAUCUAUUUAACAGAUCCCAUUAUGAUUAAAGCCCCUGAUGCACUCCCUCUUGAUUUUAUUAUAAUUGAUACAUCAGUUUUGACAAAAACAAAAAUGGAGAGACUGGGAGUGAGCCGGGCCUGCCUGUCACUGGGACGUCAGGGUUGAUGCUCUGACACACUGGGUCACAGGGGUGGAGAUAAUAAUAAAUGAGACUGUCAUAAUCCAUUUGCUGUCAGGAGGCCACUUCAGGGGCAUCACUGUAAAACACACUACAGCCACCAGAGGGCAGUGUUGUCUCAGGAUAGUCCCUCGUCCCAAGUCCUUACACAAUGAUGCCCCACAACAUAAAAGCAAAGUGUUCAAAUCCGACUUUUAAUUAAACUGUAAUUUCCCUGGCAAACAAAAGAACAUGACUUUUUGUUUUCUUCAAGUUCAGUAUUAAUUUUUAUAUUUCAAGGAGGGGGGGGGGGAUUGGAAGCACACAGUCACACCUUGAUAAUUGGAAAAAAGGCAAACAGAAGUGAGACCUUGAGAUGAGGGUGA